UGCGUCAUCAGCCGGCGCCAGCGGCCGCAUGCCGGCGGAGCAGGGGCUUUGAGGGCGGGGGAUUCCGGUGCUCGAGCACGCUGGUAGGAAAGGACCCGGGACUUGAACAGUGUUGUGCGCCGCCAUGCAGGUUUCCAGCCUCAAUGAGGUGAAGAUUUACAGUCUCAGCUGCGGCAAGUCCCUUCCUGAGUGGCUUUCUGAUAGGAAGAAGAGAGCACUACAGAAGAAAGAUGUAGAUGUCCGUAGGAGAAUUGAACUUAUUCAGGAUUUUGAAAUGCCUACUGUAUGUACCACUAUUAAGGUGUCAAAAGAUGGACAAUACAUUUUAGCAACUGGAACAUAUAAACCUCGGGUUCGAUGUUAUGACACCUAUCAGUUAUCCUUGAAGUUUGAAAGGUGUUUAGAUUCAGAAGUUGUCACCUUUGAAAUUUUGUCUGAUGACUACUCAAAGGUUGUCUUCUUACAUAAUGAUAGAUACAUUGAAUUUCAUUCACAAUCAGGUUUUUACUACAAAACCAGAAUACCAAAGUUCGGGAGAGAUUUCUCUUACCACUAUCCAUCUUGUGACUUGUACUUUGUUGGUGCAAGUUCUGAAGUUUAUAGGUUAAACUUAGAACAAGGACGAUACCUGAAUCCUCUACAAACUGAUGCUGCGGAGAAUAAUGUUUGUGACAUAAAUUCAGUGCAUGGCUUGUUUGCCACAGGAACCAUAGAGGGUAGAGUGGAGUGCUGGGACCCAAGAACUCGAAAUAGAGUUGGUCUGUUAGACUGCGCCUUAAACAGUGUCACAGCAGAUUCAGAGAUAAACAAUUUACCAACAAUCUCUGCUUUGAAAUUUAAUGGUGCCUUGACCAUGGCAGUUGGAACAUCCACAGGGCAGGUUUUAUUAUAUGACCUUCGAUCUGAUAAGCCAUUGCUAGUUAAAGAUCACCAGUAUGGGCUGCCCAUUAAGUCCGUUCAUUUCCAGGAUUCAUUAGAUCUGAUUUUGUCUGCUGACUCUCGAAUUAUCAAGAUGUGGAAUAAGAACUCCGGAAAGAUAUUUACUUCCUUGGAGCCAGAGCAUGACCUUAAUGAUGUUUGUCUCUACCCCAACUCAGGCAUGCUUCUGACGGCCAAUGAAACCCCCAAGAUGGGCAUCUAUUACAUUCCAGUUUUAGGUCCUGCUCCUCGGUGGUGUUCCUUCUUAGACAACUUGACCGAAGAAUUAGAAGAGAAUCCAGAAAGCACAGUUUAUGAUGAUUAUAAAUUUGUCACCAAGAAAGACCUUGAAAAUUUAGGGCUCACCCACCUCAUUGGAUCUCCUUUCCUCCGGGCAUAUAUGCAUGGGUUUUUCAUGGAUAUAAGACUCUAUCACAAGGUGAAAUUGAUGGUAAAUCCAUUUGCUUAUGAAGAAUAUAGGAAAGAUAAAAUACGACAGAAAAUAGAAGAAACGCGUGCACAGAGAGUCCAGUUAAAGAAAUUGCCAAAAGUUAACAAAGAGCUGGCACUUAAAUUAAUUGAGGAAGAAGAGGAGAAGCAGAAAUCUACAUGGAAAAAGAAAGUUAAGAGUCUUCCUAGUAUUCUCACCGAUGAUCGAUUUAAAGUUAUGUUUGAGAACCCUGACUUCCAAGUAGAUGAAGAGAGUGAAGAAUUUAGGCUUCUGAAUCCACUUGUUUCAAAAAUUAGUGAAAAAAGGAAAAAGAAGCUAAGACUCUUAGAGCAACAAGAACUGCGUGAAAAAGAAGAGGAGGAAGAGCCGGAAGGAAAACCGAGUGAUGCAGAAAGUUCGGAGAGUUCAGAUGAUGAAAAAGCCUGGGUUGAAGAGGUCAGGAAGCAACGCAGACUCCUCCAGCAGGAGGAAAAAGUGAAGCGACAGGAACGACUCAAGGAGGACCAGCAGACAGUCCUAAAGCCCCAGUUUUAUGAGAUCAAAGCAGGAGAAGAAUUUAGAAGCUUCAAAGAUUCUGCCACAAAGCAGAAACUGAUGAACAAGACACUUGAAGAUCGUUUGAAAAUUGAAGCAAAAAAUGGGACGUUGAGUGUAUCCGAUACCACUGUUGGCAGCAAACAAUUGACAUUCACAUUAAAGAGGUCUGAACAGCAGAAGAAGCAACAGGAGGCUGAGAAACUGCAUCGACAAGAAAGGAAAAGACUCCGUCGUUCAGCCGGACACCUGAAGUCAAGACGCAAAAGAGGACGGUCGUUUCAUUGAUUUGGGAAGUGAUCCUACCUGUGAUUAGGGAGGGGUACGUCUCCCCCAAACUGAUCGUCAUUAAGAGUGUUCAACACAGAUAAGGGAACACACGUUUUUAAAGUUCCAUGUACAUUCUUGUACACAGAGGUAAAGAUUUGAAAACCUGUGCUUUGUGGAUUAGACUGUGAAGCUGGGCCCUGCCGAUGGCCACCACAUAGCCCAAGGGUGAGCUUGCAAGUCAUUGCUCCCUGGAAAUAUUGUCCUUUCCCCAUGGUUUUAAUCAUGUAAACCAGGUUGGGGUUUUUUAAUAUUGUGAAGUGUACACCAUGAAAUAAAAGGUUUAUCCUGUGCUAGAAACCAAGAUUUAUCAUGCUCUAGGAACUUUGUUCCUACACUGCCUACUGCCAUUCAUGAUUAAACCAUCCAGAAAUACCA